AUGUCGGAUGGGAAGCACUUCACUCUUUACUCCCAUGUUGGAGGACCAAAUGGCUGGAAAGUUGUUCUGGCGUUAGAAAUAUUGGGCCUGACGUAUGAGACGGUAUACCUCGACUUCAAGACGGGCGAGCAGAAGGCAGCGGGCCACACGAAAUUUAACCCAAACGGGCGCAUCCCGACCAUUAUAGACCACAAAAAUGACGAUUUUGUUCUCUGGGAGUCCAACGCAAUCUUGCUGUACUUAGUAGAGAAGUACGAUACCGACCACAAGAUCUCCGUCACGGAUGGCAACGACAAAUUUACCCAGCUGCAGUGGCUCUAUUUCCAAGCUUCUGGACAGGGUCCAUACUAUGGUCAAUUAGGAUGGUUUACGGACUACCACCCAGAGAAGGUACCCAGCGCCAUAGAGCGGUACACGAACGAGACGUUGCGCAUCCUAGGCGUACUCGACAGCGUUUUGUCUAAGAGGACGUGGCUUGUUGCCGAUAAGCUGACCAUUGCAGACCUGUCAUUUGUCCCGUGGAACGAAUUAGCGCUGACGAGAGUCCUGACCGAAGAGCAUGGGUACAACAUCGAGAAGGACUUCCCGGCGCUGUACAAAUGGCAUUCAGCUAUGAUGGCUAUGGAGCCGGUACGGAAGACCUUCGAAACUAGGAAGGCGGUUUUCGCAGCCUCUAAGCGUAAGGAAUGA